AUGGAUUUUCAGCACCGUGCAGGUGGCAAAACCGGCACAGGAGGUGUCGCCUCAUGGUCGGAAACAAAUAGGGAUCGAAGAGAGCGAUUACGUCAACUGGCUCUGGAAACCAUUGAUUUGAAUAAAGAUCCCUAUUUUAUGAAGAAUCAUUUAGGAUCUUAUGAAUGUAAACUGUGCUUGACAUUACACAACAAUGAAGGAAGUUACUUGGCCCACACCCAAGGAAAGAAGCACCAGGCCAACCUCGCAAGGAGGGCGGCGAAAGAGGCGAAGGAAUCCCCCCAGCAGCCGGCCCCCGCAAAGCCCCGCGUCGACAUUAAGAAAUUCGUGAAGAUCGGCCGUCCGGGCUAUCGUGUCACCAAGCAGCGCGAGAGGGAGUCGGGGCAGCAGAGCCUGCUCUUCCAGAUCGACUACCCGGAGAUCGGGGACGGCAUCGCGCCCCGCCACCGCUUCAUGUCGGCCUACGAGCAAAAAGUGGAGCCCCCCGACCGCAGGUGGCAGUACCUGCUGUUCGCCGCCGAGCCCUACGAGACCAUCGCCUUCAAGGUCCCUAGUCGGGAGGUGGAUAAGAGUGAGGGGAAGUUCUGGGUGAUGUGGAACAAGGAGACCAAGCAGUUCUUCCUGCAGUUCAGCUUCAAAGUGGAGCCCAAGCUCAUCAAGCUCCCGCCUCCUCCUCCCCCCGCCCCUCAGACUCAACGCAUCGAGCGGGACGACAAUCGGCCGCCUCCCCCUGCGCCGCCCAUGAUGCAGCCUCCUCCGAGACCCAUGGGGAUGCCUCCGCCGCCCCCUCCGUCCGGCAUGCCCCCCAACUUCCAGUCUCUCCCUCCUCCGCCGAUGGGACAGUUCCAGCACAUGCAGUCUCGGCCUCCGCCGCCACCCAUGAACAUGAGUUUUGCCCCUCCGCCGCCCCCGAUGAUGCGACCGCCACCACCUCCCACUGGCAUGGCUCCUCCUCCUCCUCCUUCUCUUCCUAAAUUUGCCGCGGCUCCCUCGCCUCCCGCUCCACCACCCCCACCUCCGCCUCCGCAGCCAAAGUUACCAAGUGCACCGGUGGAGUCUCCUCCCGCUUCGCCUCCCUCUCCUCCUCUGUCUGACGAUGAAGUAGAAAUGCACUGAUUGUAUUUAUAUAAUUUCAGAAAUUAAAA